GAGCUGGUGCGGGUACUCGCGAAGGCGGAGGGCUACAGGAUCUCGGAGGCCUGCGCCAUGGACGUGCUGAAGGGCUGCGGCUGGCUGGUCUCCGAGGCGGCCGCGCACCUGCUGCGCAGGCUGCCCCAGGAGACCGUGCAGGAGCUGCUGGUGGCCUUCGCGCGGCCGUCGGAGGCGGAGAUGCGCGUGCUGCUGGAAGCCGCGCAGUGGGACCUCUCCGUGGCGAGGCCAGCGAUCGACCGUUGCUUGAGCCAGCGCAUCAGCUUGUCGCAGGGCGUGCAGAACAACGCCCAGGGCAUCAGGCAGGCCCUCAGCCUCAGCAAUUGCGAGCCCGCGAAGGCGGCGACGUUGUUGUCGUUGCAGCUGCAAGUGGGAGCAUCCGCCGAUCGGCUGCCCGAGCUCCACCGCGCCCUGGAGCUGGCCGGCGGCGGCGUCGACCGCGCAGAAGCGGUCUUGAAGCUCCAGCCGAAGCUCGAAAGCAUGACGAAGUCCGCACAGUUGCUGGAGAAGACCUCCUGGUCGGUUGCCGACGCGGAGAGGGUGUUGGAGGUGCGCGGGAAGUUCCCGCACGCGGCGCUCCGGGUCUGCCUGGAGGUGCUGCGCAGGAACGACGACGAUCCACACGCCGCAUGCGAGAUGCUGGCGGAGUUCCGGAACCGAAUACAGAGGCUGGCGCUCGACUGCACGAGCGGCCGCCUCGCCCAGGGCGAGGAGGUGGAGAUCGCGGAGUCGGCGCUGAACUCCACGGAGUGGGACCCCACCCAGGCGUUCGUCGUGGCGCAGACCCUGGCCCUCUCCGUCCAGGAGACCCGGAGGCUGCUCCAGCGCCACGAGCAGAACUUUCCCGCCGAGACCAUCCUGGCAGCCCUCGCGGGUGGCAGCGCCGAGGUCGCCAUCCUCGCCGGGCCGGGCGAAGCCGCCGGCCCCCGUGUCCCGCUGGCGCUGCCAGAAGCCGCGCGCGGCGGCCUCCCUGCUGCUCGGGGUCCAGCUGCCAGAGCAGGCGGGGAGGCGGUCGUCGUCCAAGAGCCACGGGCGGCACAAGGAGUUCCGCGCGGCACCCGAGCCCGAGGACGAGACUUGCACCACGAUGUGA